AUGACGCUCAGCAAAAACCUGAACCACCACCGCAAAACUGCUGACCUAGCCAGGAAGGUCGACGACCUGGCGCGUAGGUAUCUGAAUCCCAAGCACCCGACUCCCAUUCUGCGCGAGAUCAUACGCGUGCCCGAGCAGUUCACCCUCCUGGUAGACGCGAUUACGCGCCAGGUGUCACUGAUCAAAUGUCGGUCCUCGAGCUUUGAAGAUGGUCAAGUGAGCAUCUAUGACAAGGCCUUGCUGUGGCUCACUGGCAUGGGCACCGAUCCCACGAAUCUUGGUGCUUUGGAGUUUUACCUGACUGAGUUCAUCGGGGUUGUGCCUAUCUGUAGUCUUCCUGAAGGUAAACGUGCUGUGGAGAGUCAUACAAAGUUGCAUGGUAUCAUCACGAAGAAAUAUCACGAGGAUCACAAUGCGGCAAAGCCCGUUAUCUCUGAGGAGCGAUCCCAUAGACGAACUAUCUCUGCUGCAUCUAGCCAUAAACAUCGACACGAUCGUGAUGAAAAGAGAGCCCCGGAUAACCAAGUUAAGCUGCAAGAUCCCCCGACCAGAUACCACGGGUCUAAGAAAUUCUCGCACAGCGUGACGUCCGCAAGGCGAUCUCACCAAAGGAGACGGAGCAGUUCCCGAUUGACCGUUUCUGUCCAUGAAGAAAACAGACAUCACGGUUACGACCACGAAGAUAAAGGACGACCCCGGACCGAAUCCUCCCUCAGCGCCAGCAGCAGCGAUUCUCGCGUCCAGGAGAAAAUCGAGAGAAUUCUCGCCGUAUACACCCGUGCGAAGGAUGAGUAUUACGAGGCGGGAAGCAGUGACAUUGCAGACAAGCUCAGCGUUGCGCGAUUCCUUCGAGACACAGCUGAAAAUGCCCUCAGUUACCUUUCAUUGAAUGGUCAUUCGGACCAUCCUUCAAUUCCUGAACUUGAGCAUUUCUUCCAGCUGGCCAGGGAUAAGGCAACUGAGCUUUCAGGGGGGAGGAAGCGCCGUUUCGAUGCCGACGAUGUAGCCCGUCCUGAAGAGAAGCGCCGCGAGAAACGGUCCCGUCGACUUCGCGAUUCGUACCGUCCUAGCUAGCUAGGGUUGGUUUUCAGAUGGAUAUUAUGGGUACGAUUUGCCAGGUGGUUAUUUGUCUUCAAUCUGGUUAUGGUAUGGAGCAGGUUGGCUUGGAUGAUUGCAAUCUGUACAGAUGAUCCUGUACAAUGAGAAUAUAAACAUGAACUGUUUCAGGUAGUAACUCAACAUGGUUGAUUUUCUAGAGCUACUGUGACUUUCACCUUUUGGAUGCCACCACCACUUCAGUGAGGGCAAUCAGGGGACCCACCCAGUGAGCACUCACCUGGAAUUACACACCCUGCUCAACUCCUUUAUUUCAUGUGGAUAGUUUAGCAACAGUGUCGGAUUAAAUCACUUCCAAAUUUCCUGCCCUAGCCACUAACUUAGAAUGAUGGAGG